UGGACAGAGCCCUGCUGGCUGGCCUCUGCUGGCAGGAACCAUGGCAGAGGCCGGGGAUGCAGCACUGUCGGUGGCCGAGUGGCUGCAGGCAUUGCAUCUGGAGCAGUACACCAGGCUCUUUGAGCAUCACGGACUGGUGCGGGCCACAGAUUGCCAAGGCCUCAGCGAUGCCCGCCUGGUGGACAUGGGUGUGCUACUCCCCGGCCACCGCCGCCGCAUCCUGGCUGGUCUGCUCCGUGCCCAUGCACCCCCAGCCCCAGCACCCCGCCCCACCCCACGGCCCGUGCCCAUGAAGCGUCAUGUCUUCCGUUCACCGCCUGCACUCACCACUCCACCUGAGCAACUGCCCGCCUCUGGAGAGGAUGAGGGACUGCCCACUGCCCCACCCAUCCCGCCCCGGAGGAGCUGCCUUCCUCCUGCCUGCUUCUCUAACUCGUCCACAGCUGUCCCAGAACCUGUGCUGCCCCCGCUGCCUGCCAAGCGGCAUUUGGCAGAGCUAAGUGUUCCACCCGUGCCCCCUCGUACUGGAUCCCCCCGUCCACCUGUGAGCCUUCCCUACAAGGAGGAGGAGUUGCUGUCAUCACCACUGUCAUCCUCUCCCCAGCCAGAACCUGAGGAGCCCCCGGCCACCUUCUCCCGGGGGCCUCCUCAGCCCCUAACUCCCAGCCUUCCAGAGGUUCCCCCAAAGCCUCUUCACCUGUUCCCAGAGUUUGACGACUCUGACUACGAUGAGACCCCAGAGGAGGGGCCCGGAGCCCCAGCUGGCGUGAUGACCAAGAAGGAGGAGCCUCCAGUGAGCCGAGUCCCACGUGCUGUGCGUGUGGCCAGUUUGCUGAGCGAGGGGGAGGAACUGUCGGGGGACGACCAAGGGGAUGAAGAAGAGGAUGACCAUGCCUACGAGGGCGUCCCCAAUGGUGGAUGGCACACCAGCAACCUGAGCUCAUCCUUGCCCAGCAGCCUCCUGAUACCCCAGCUUCCACCCCACCCAAUGGAUCAGCUGCCUGGGGGCCCUACCCCUAUCACACAGGUCAUCAAGGCUGGCUGGCUGGCCAAGAACCCACCACAGGGAUCUUAUAUAUAUCAGAAGCGAUGGGUGAGACUGGAUGUCAAUUACCUGCAGUACUUUGAUAGUAACAAGGAUGCCUACUCUAAACGCUUUAUCUCUGUGGCCUGCAUCUCCCGUGUGGCUGCCAUUGGAGACCAGAAGUUUGAAGUGAUCACGAACAACCGGACCUUUGCCUUCCGGGCAGAGAGUGAUGCGGAGCGGAAGGAAUGGAUGCAGGCCCUGCAGCAGGCAGUGGCUGAGCAGCGAGCCCGGGCCCGGCUGUCUAGUGCUUCUCUGUCGGGUGUUCAAGACUCAGAGCUACCUGACUAUGCUGGCAGCCUGGAGCUACGUGGCUUCAAAAAUAAACUGUACGUGGCUGUGGUUGGAGAUAAAGUACAGCUUUACAAGAAUCUGGAGGAGUACCGCCUGGGCAUUGGCAUCACCUUCAUCGACAUGAGCGUGGGCAAUGUGAAGGAAGUGGACCGGCGUAGCUUUGAUCUUACUACCCCCUACCGCAUCUUCAGCUUUUCAGCCGAAUCAGAACCAGAGAAGGAUCAGUGGCUGGAGGCCAUGCAGGGAGCCAUUGCGGAGGCACUGUCUACCUCGGAGGUGGCUGAGCGCAUCUGGGCCGUGGCCCCCAAUAGGCUCUGUGCUGACUGUGGGGCUGCCCAGCCUGACUGGGCCUCCAUCAACCUCUGUGUCGUCAUCUGCAAGCGCUGUGCAGGGGAGCACCGUGGCAUGGGUGCUGGCGUCUCCAAAGUGCGGAGCCUGAAGAUGGACAGGAAGGUGUGGACGGAAACACUCAUCGAGCUCUUCUUACAGCUGGGCAAUGCCUCUGGGAACCGCUUUUGGGCAGCCAGUGUGCCCCCUAGUGAGGCCCUGCAGCCCAACAGCAGCCCUGGUGCCCGGCGGUGCCACCUGGAGGCCAAAUACCUCGAGGGCAAGUACCGCCGCUACCAUCCACUCUUUGGCAACCAGGAGGAGCUGGACAAGGCCCUGUGUGCCGCAGUCACUACCACAGACCUGGCUGAGACCCAGGCACUCCUGGGCUGUGGCGCUGGGGUCAACUGCUUCUCAGGGGACCCUGAGGCCCCCACACCUCUGGCUCUUGCCGAGCAGGCGGGGCAGACACUGCAGAUGGAAUUCCUUCGGAACAACCGGACCACGGAGGUACCUCGGCAGGAUUUGAUGAAGCCCCUGGAAAAGCACUACUCAAUUGUCCUGCCAACUGUGAGCCACAGCGGCUUCCUCUACAAGACUGCUUCUGCUGGCAAGCCGCUGCAGGACCGCCGUGCCCGGGAAGAGUUCAGCCGACGCUGGUGUGUCCUUAGUGACGGGGUCCUGAGCUACUAUGAGAAUGAGCGGGCAGUGACCCCCAAUGGGGAGAUUCGGGCCAGCGAGAUUGUGUGCCUGGCAGUGCCUCCUCCUGACACCCACGGCUUCGAGCACACCUUUGAGGUGUACACAGAGGGAGAGAGAGUAUACCUGUUUGGACUGGACAAUGUGGAGCUGGCUCAUGAGUGGGUCAAGUGCAUUGCUAAGGCUUUCGUGCCUCCCCUGGCUGAGGAUCUGCUGGCCCGCGAUUUUGAGCGGCUUGGGCGCCUACCUUACAAAGCUGGCCUGAGCCUACAGCGGGCCCAGGAGGGCUGGUUCUCCCUCACCGGCUCCGAGCUCCAUGUCAUCUUCCCAGAGGGGCCUUGCGAAGAGCCAUUGCAACUGCGGAAACUGCAGGAGCUUUCUGUCCAGGGAGACAGCGAGAACCAGGUGCUGGUGCUGGUGGAGCGAAGGAGGACACUAUAUAUCCAGGGAGAACGGCGACUGGACUUCGCGGGAUGGCUGAGUUCCAUCCAAAAAGCAGCGGGCAGCUCAGGGGAUACAUUGUCGGAGCAGCAGCUGGGAGACUCGGACAUCCCAGUAAUUGUGUACCGCUGUGUGGACUACAUCACGCAGUGUGGCCUGACGUCUGAGGGUAUCUACCGAAAGUGUGGACAGACUUCAAAGACCCAGCGGCUGCUGGAGAGCCUGCGGCAGGAUGCUCGCUCUGUGCGCCUCAAGGAGGGCGAGCAACAUGUGGAUGAUGUCUCCUCGGCACUCAAACGCUUCCUGCGAGACCUGCCUGAUGGGCUCUUCACUCGAGCCCAGCGCCUGUCCUGGCUGGAGGCCUCAGAGAUUGUGGACGAGGAGAAGAAGGUCUCCAGGUACCAAGAGCUCCUGGCACGUCUUCCCCCCGUCAACCGGGCCACAGUGAAGGCCCUUAUCAGCCACCUAUACUGCGUCCAGUGCUUCUCAGACACGAACCAGAUGAACACACACAACCUGGCUAUUGUGUUUGGGCCCACACUCUUCCAGACAGAUGGGCAGGACUACAAGGCUGGCCGUGUGGUGGAAGACCUCAUCAACCACUAUGUGGUGGUGUUCAGUGUGGACGAGGAGGAGCUGAGGAAGCAGCGGGAGGAGAUCACUGCCAUUGUAAAGAUGCGUGUGGCUGGCACUGCCAGUGGGACCCAGCACGCUGGUGACUUCAUCUGCACAGUGUACCUGGAGGAGAAGAAGGCAGAUGCUGAGCAGCAUAUCAAGAUUCCAGCAUCCAUGACAGCUGAGGAGCUCACUCUGGAGAUCCUGGAUCGCAGGAGUGUGAGCAUCAGGGAGAAGGACUAUUGGACCUGCUUUGAGGUCAAUGAGAGGGAGGAGACAGAGCGCCCCCUGCACUUUUCGGAGAAGGUACUGCCCAUCCUGCAUGGGCUGGGCAUAGACAGCUACCUGGUGGUGAAGAAGCACCAGUCCAUGGAGGCCAUGCUGCUGUACCUGGCCAGCCAUGUGGGCGACACCAAGCACGGCAUGAUGAAGUUCCGCGAGGACCGCAGCCUCCUGGGCCUGGGCCUGCCUUCAGGUGGCUUCCACGAUCGCUACUUCAUCCUCAACAGCAGCUGCCUGCGGCUCUACAAGGAGAUCCGGAGCCAGAGGCCGUGGAUCGGGGCCCUUGAGACCAGUCACCGUCCUGAGAAGGAGUGGCCCCUGAAAAGCCUCAAAGUCUACUUGGGAGUGAAGAAGAAACUCCGGCCACCCACCUGCUGGGGCUUCACUGUGGUGCACGAGACAGAGAAACACGAGAAGCAGCAGUGGUACCUCUGCUGUGAGACGCAGAUGGAGCUCCGGGAGUGGUUUGCCACCUUUCUCUUUGUGCAGCACGAUGGCCUGGUGUGGCCCUCAGAGCCCUCACGUGUUUCCCGGGCAGUGCCCGAGGUCCGGCUGGGCAGCGUAUCGCUGAUCCCCCUGCGUGGCACUGAGAAUGAAAUGCGCCGGAGCGUGGCUGCCUUUGCUGCCGACCCCCUUUCUCUCCUCAGAAACGCGUGAGUGCGGGAGCCAGCCCCUGGCUCUGGGAUUCUGCUGCCUGGAAGCCUCCUGUUCAGACACCCUCAUGCCCUGCGUGCCUGCUGUGAGCCAGCAGAGGGCGCAUGAGGAAGCCGCACCCCCACAUUCCACAUCCAGAGGACAGCAUGGGGUUCCCUGGCUAAGGGGUGGGGGCAGCAGGGUCUGUCUGAGGAGGAACCCCUCACCUGCUCUGUCCAGGUGCUCAGCCCUCCCGGCCUGGUCUGCUCCCUCCCAGGGUCACCCACCCUGAGUUUGAAAGGUUGGAAAGAUGGACAUCAAUCAGGAACUCUGGAGGAACACCAUCCUUUCAGAGGCUCGAGGCUCUGGGGCCCCCGCUGGAUGGGAGCCUACCCCUGCUGGAAGGGAGCCUACCCCCUUGCACAAAAAGCAAAAAGCCGAUACUCUAAAAGAACACUGAGCUGGGGCGGGGAGGGAGCUCUUGGGUAAGUUUCUGCAGGGCCGAGAGGUGGACUUGGGGGACUCAGCCCCUUUUGGUAGGGGCUGACUGGGAGGCCCAGGUCGCCUGGUACCCUUUCCCCACUUUGGGGACCUUUUGAUACUAUAAAUAUAUCUGUAUAUUUUAUUCUAUGGUGCGAGGCCUGUGAUCGGUUGGGGGUUUCUGGUGUGGUGGUGGAGGAGGAGACGAGAUCAGGGGGCCCAGAGGUGAGUGCCAGUGCCCUGAAGUCCAGGGACCUGGGCUCUGCCCUCUCGAGGCCACUCCCCCCGUCCCAGGCAGAGCCACAGCCUGGCUUCGUGCCAUCCCCACUGUACUUCUGUGCAGCCAGGGUGGGGAGUGCUGGUCCUGAUCCUGGCCAGGACAUACCCCCCCAUCUGGACUGAGCCCUCUAUUCCUGAGCAGGAGCCUAGAUGUGGCAGGGGAGUGACUCAGGACACCCCCUUACCAGCUCCUCUGAGACAUGAGGUCACAGGAGCUUUAUUAAAUUAGGAAGAAGGGUCUCAGAGUACUCUGGGCCCUGUGCAGAUCCCUCCAGAGGUGAGUCCUGCCUUGCAUUGGGAAGCUGCCCUCACUGGGCACUGCCUGGUCAUUUCCUCCCAGAAGACAAGGCUCUGGCAAGUGGAGGAGAUAACGAACUGUUCAGAGAUGGAUUCGGGACUCCCUGGGAAGAUGGCAGACACCACAUUCCCACCUCAGCCUAGUCUCAUUACCGGCCUCUCUCCAGGGGCCCAGUGGGCAGACAGGCUGCCCUCUCAGCCCAGUCUCAGCAAGUGGGGCUCAGAAAAGAGAUGGAAGAUGGGUCACAUGACCUCUGACUUGUGAUUCAGCUCAGUGUGCUGGCCUGGGUGUGGGUGGAGAUCUUGGGAACCUGGACUCCAGGUUCCUUGUUCCUUGAGAAGGGGAGGUAGAUGCCAGGAGACUGCAAUGGGUCACUGGCCAGUUUCACAGGCUGGGGCUAAGCCCCUUGAGUCUUCGACUCUUGUCCUACCCUAGGUGGGCUUCUCCAGGCCAGGCUGACCAUUCCACCUACAGCCAGGACAGACUCCAGGUGCUCAGGGGCUGGAAUCUUCCCCGGACCUGACCUUGGACUGAAGCUCAGAGAGAGGGUGGGUGAGACUGGAGUCUGCCCCUCAGCUAAGUUGCCAGUGUCACUGCCCUGGCUGCGGCGCUGGCUGCAGUGACUGCAUUGGGCCACCAGGGAGCAGCCACAGCUCAACGUUGGGUCUCACUGUGACCAUUUCCACCACCCUACUUUGGAGCAGUCUCCCUCCAAAUGCCUUCCCUUAAAUCUAACUCUGCUCUCUCUUCUAAGUGGCCCCACUUGUUCUCUGGAGAAGGGGAUCUGAAUUGAAAGGAGUUUAAAGUGCUUUUGCUUGGCCUCGGGAGGCUUUAGGGCCUCAACCUUAAUGAACUAUGGCAGUAACAACAGUGUUGGGUGGAUUAGGGCAGGAGGCUCUGCCGGUCUCUGUCACAAGGAUUCCUAGACAUAGGGCCUCCUGAGAGGUUUGUUCACAUAGUAUUUGAGGUUGGGUUGGGGGGUGUGGCUGAGGAGCCCAGAGCUGGACCUGCUGAGGGGUGGGGAACAGCUCUUGGAGAGAGAGGCAACUUCUUGUAAGAGAAGGUGCCCCUGAACUGGCCUUGAAGACGGGUGCACCUGGGGUAGGUGGGACUUGGAGUGGGGCUGGGUUGAAGUGUUUGGGGAGGAGGAUAGGCCUUCAAGGGUCAACUCAAGUCUGGGUCUAAUUGCAAGGGACCACAGGGUGCCCUGGGAGAGAAAGCUGUGGCAAGUCAGAGGGCGCUGUGGAUGGAAAGGAGGCUGAGGGCAGGUGUGGGAAGAUCUGGGUGGUGGGGUGGGAUGUCUGUCUCUCUCUUCCAUCACCUUCCUCAGCCUACCCAUUCUACAAAGCAUUCAGCAGCUAUCAAGGG